UUGUAGUCCUUUACGUGCGCGUUACUGACGUCGUCACGUAUUAAUCAACUACAAAUCCCAGAAAGCGACUGACAGCGAGUGUUUGGUUCGUGGACAUCGCUUGUGUUUUGGUUUGUAUUAGUGAACGGAGUUAGCUAGCUGCACAAAAUUAAUGGUCGAAACGCGCGUACAACGUUUUGCGCGUUCAUAUCGUCACGCUUUUCUGACACUGUAACCUAUUACGAAUGUGAGAAACAAAUGGUGAAAAUUUGACUCGCUGUCUAUCUGGCAUUUAUAAAGAAAGAGCCAUUUAUAUCGACUCCGUAGAUGAAAGCGUUAGCUUGUCACCAGCUAGCUAGCGCGGCCGUGUCCUAAAUGGUUCCCUUACAUUGUUAAAGUUCACUAGGUAGUCCGUAAACCACCGUUGUUGUGAUAGCACAUUGAGAGCACGUAUAUAGGGAGUACGCAGAGAUUUGGGGUUCGGCUUGAAGUCUCUCUCCCAUGCCCUCUGAAGAGGCUUUUUGGAACUCGGUAACACUGGACUGGUUUUUCUCGCACUCCGGCUGGUCUUUUCUUCCUUUCAUGAUGAUGAUGAUUUUAGUUUUUGCUGCUUUUAUGGUCGCCUUUGUCUUGUUUCUCUACAUGAUAUCGCCUUUAAUAAGCCCCAAACCGCUCAAACUCAAUGGGGCCCAUGUCGUGGUGACGGGGGGCAGCAGCGGGAUCGGGAAGUGCAUAGCCAUGGAGUGCUACAAACAAGGAGCUUUCAUCACACUGGUGGCGCGCGACGAGGGUAAACUGGUGCAGGCGAAGAAGGCGGUGGAGAAGUGUGCCAUAAACGAUAAACAGGUGGUGCUCUGCAUCUCAGUGGACGUGUCGAAAGAUUACAGCCAGGUGGAGAGCGUGCUCAAACAGGCUCAGGAGAAGCUGGGGCCGGUGGACAUGCUGGUGAACUGCGCAGGGACGGCCGUGUCAGGGAAGUUCGAGGAGCUCGGGGUCCAACACUUCCAGAGUCUGAUGGAGGUGAACUACCUGGGCAGUGUGUAUGCCACGCGAGCUGUGAUCAGCAACAUGAAGGAGCGGCGGAUGGGCCGCGUGGUGUUCGUGUGUUCUCAGGCCGGGCAGCUCGGACUCUUCGGCUACACGGCGUACUCCGCCUCCAAAUUUGCCCUCCGCGGCCUCGCCGAAGCUCUGCAGAUGGAGGUAAAGCCAUAUAACAUCUACGUGACGGUAUCCUACCCUCCCGACACUGACACACCGGCGUUAGCUGAGGAGAACAAGAUGAAGCCUUUAGAGACGAAGCUGAUCUCGGAGACGUCCGGGGUGUAUCAGCCUGAGCAGGUGGCGAAAGUCAUCGUUAAAGACGCCGUGUUGUGUGUGUGUUGCAUGGUGCAGCAGGGGAACUUCAGCAGCUCCGUAGGUCCUGACGGCUACAUGCUGUCUGCGCUCACCUGUGGCAUGUCGCCCGUCACAUCCAUCACCGAGGGGCUGCAGCAGAUUGUGACCAUGGGGCUGUUCCGCACCAUCGCACUCUUCUACCUGAGCAGCUUCGACAGCAUUGUACGCCGCUGCAUGAUCCAGAGGGAGCAGAGCAAAGCGUCCAACAAGACGGAGUAACGCCAGCGCUUCCUGCCGUUCCACCAUCACUGCUCGACCUAGACACACACACACGUUACAUCCUGAUACACCCCAUCGCAUAACACACAUUUUGUCUGGGUCAACGUAGGGCGGAGCUUAAGCUACGUUUGAUCAGCAAAUGAGUGUUUAGUUUACUUCAGUUAAGCCACUUUAACUAACUAAUGUUCGCUUAGCUACGAUUAACGAUUCCCUCUCCAGCAGUAGCUAAACCUAUCGCAAAUAAGCUAACUAUUGAACAGGCUAACACUGAGGUUAACAGUUUUAUCGACUUUGUUAGCUAUUUAACGUCAGAGUGUGGCGUGUAUUUACCAGAUCGAAAGAGUUUACCAACGUUAGCUAAGCGCUGUGCUGAUAUUAGCUUGAUUUCGUUUACAGUCCAAUGUUGAAGUGAUACCACAGAUUAGCCAAAGCACCUCAAUGUUCGGAAGCUGACUACUCGGCUAGAUUUAGCCGCUGGAGAGUUAACCUAAAAUUAGCGAAUGUUGCUCGAUACAGUGCGCAAGUUCCACAAGUAUAAUAGUUUCGCUAUCCUAAACGAUUAAAUCUUCAUCAACAUACAAUACAUCAAUGCGGUGUUUGCUAGCCAACCUGGCUAUUGGUUUUAAUUACAUGACAAAAGAGCUAGCCAAAUUUAGCUAGCUUGCUAGUUAGUGGAUUUAAAUGUUUUUAAUCACGCAACAGUUGUACAUACAGUAGUAUAUACAUGCAAGCUAAUGUCUGGCUAGCUGUUUUAUUUGUGUAAUUAUGAAUUGUGGCGUCAAUAUAAAUUCUCAAAUUGUAUCAAAUGUGCGGUCCUUCAGCACGCUAGCUAACUUCAGGUUUGUGCAAUUCAAACAGCUAAAAUUUUUCAGUUAGCUAGUGUUGGACUACGUAAAAUUUUGUUUUGGAACACUAGCGUUGUUUGCUUGCAAGCGAUUCUACUUUGCGCACAAUUACGGUGAUGUCAUGUGAUCGAUUUACCUUAAGCUCCGCUCUUAUUACAUGCUGUAACGAUUUUUUUUUAGCACGUCUUUGUAAGUGGAUUAUCUUCGCAGGCGAGGAUAGAUAAAUGUUUAUCGUUCCAAUCUCAGACAAACUCGCUCACCUUUCCCAUCGUUGUCGUUUAUUGGUUAAAAGAUAACUUCCUGAACUGCGUCCGCCAUUUUUGCCUUAUCCUCGAUUCUCUGUGCAGGCAUCCUGAUGGAGAUGUUUGAUGUACGCGAGACUCGCUGGUUCGAGUUCUUCCCUUUGCUAACAGGACGUGCUAGCAUGUUUAGCCCUGACCUAGAAGGAGGGGAGGGAAUGAAGAACAUGUUUUUAGCAUCCAUGCUAGCUGUUGAAAAGCAGGACGGCGCUGCGUGUGCUGAAACCUACACAAAUCGAGCGAAUCCCUGCGUUUCGGUCUUUAUAACGUGCCCUUGUUCGUUAGCGAUUAGCAGGAAAAACGAUCGACACUGAAGUGACUUCCUUGGAGAAUUUCUUUCAGUUUUCAGUUCGACUUCUAUGUAGCUUGCUAACUAUCUAGCAACGAAACACCGUCUGCAGCUGUCGCAGCUACGAAGCGUGUAGCGAUUAGCAGGACAUCGAUCACGCUUGACGUCGACGCAAAUACCUUCCGUUUUCACUGACUUCCCGAGUACUGCGUAAAUAGCUAACCAGCUAGCACGCUAUCUGGCUGCCCUGCUAGCUACUUAGCAUGCUAAUUAGCCAACAAACUCAACCCUGAAGCCGAACACUCAAUGUGAAAGAAAUUGAGCGUAAAUCUCUAAAGAUCCUUCACACUGUCCUUCACACUCGACCACCAUGUUAUAUUGGCUUGCUAACCAGUCGUUAGCUUAUCCGACUGUCAUGCUAGCUAUCUAGCGUAAAAAAAAAACAACCCAUCAGCUUACUAGUUAGACCGAACAAGUUUCACCAGCUGUAAAGAGCAAACAUAGGACUUGUUACGUUAAAGAAAACAUACGAAUAGCGCAAGACGGCGCAAUUUAGCACUAACAUUUUUUUCAAUUAUUAUUAGCUACCAUUUAGCAAUUCAGCCAUAGCAAGUGAGGCGCUCCAGUCACGCAGAACUCAUUUUAAAGCCUUAAGAGACAAUCGGUUCAGCCAGAUUUAUUGUUUCAUGGUAGCCUCCUCGCGAUCAGCUGCGGUUUUUGCGUUAUUUGCCAUGUUUGUUCUUUUGUUUUUUUUUUGUGUUGUUAUUUUCUGUUUUUUUGCGAUUCAAGGCGCCUUAAGUAUGAAAGUGAGGACGCAUGAGUCGCAGCGACGAUGUUCUCAUUUGACGUCGGCACGAGGCUCGGUUAAGAUUAACUAUCGCUCUUCCGUUCCACAAUAAGGCAGAGUAGCUAACACGCUAGUUUUUAACCGAUUAACGGUUUAACACUAUGUUCGUCACUUGCAACAUUCAUCGUACGCACUUCCGAGUAUUUGAAAGGAGGCUGCGUAGGUAGUCUAAUGAGACCUGGACAACAUCCGAGCAUAAACACGGCUAUCUUUUAAGGAUUUUGUUUUAAAAUUGUAAAGACGGACAGCGCUGUGACUCGGAAUAAAGAACAAUUUUUUUUUUAAACGACACAUUCCUACAUCUGAUCAAUGACCUUUCUUUUCAGUCGUUAAAGCUAUGCAAACGAAGCAUGUACAUUUAAAACCGGUUUUCACCUCCAUGCUAGGACUUAGCUCUUUUCUUGUUGUUUGAUGUUAAGACUGGUUUAAAUGUCUCAGUUAAUAUAAUUUAACGGUAAUUUAAGUAAAAGUAAAAAAACACAAACAGCUCGGACACAUUCCUCUUGUCUUUCGGUUGUUGUGACGAAAAGAAAAAAAAAAUUAUUCACCUUGUGUGCCAUUUAAAAAAAAACAAAAAACAACAAAAAAAAACAACAACCCAAAAAAACAAACCCCAAAGUUGUUGUUGCUACAUGUUAAUUUCUUACAUGAUCAAAUAAAAUGUUUUGGAGAGUUGGUA